UUAGAUAUAAGUAUAUCUAUAUAUUUUUUUAUUAUAAGUAUCAAGCAGCUGCCCGCUAGCAGCAGCUGGACAGGAGGGCACAGCUAGCUAAAGCCGCGCAGCUGUUGACAGCGGCGGCGGAAGCUCCACGCCAACCCUUCACCGACCCCUCCGUCCAUCCCCACCCGGAGGGACCUCAGCGGCUCUGAGAAAAGGGGGGCAAAUGAACGAGCUGGUGAAGAGUUUGCCUUCGCCGACGCUGCCCGGGCUGCACCUCCCGUGCCUGGACGGCCACAAGGGCUGGCUCUUCAAAUGGACCAACUACUUGAAGGGCUACCAGCGGCGGUGGUUCGUGCUCAGCAACGGCCUGCUGUCCUACUACAGGACGCAGGCAGAGAUGGCUCACACUUGUCGGGGCACUAUUCCCCUGGCAACGGCGCACAUAGAGGUGGGUGACACCUGUCACUUGGUGUUAACCAGCAGAGGCCGGAGUUACCACCUGAAAGCCACCUCUGAGGGAGAGUGUAACCGAUGGGUGUCGGCUCUGCAGCAGGCCAAGGCCAGCGCCACCCUCCUGAUGCAUCACUCAGAUGACUCUGGAGAUGAGGCCCCCGUACCUCAGGAGGACCGAGCCCUUGCUCAAGGGGGGCUCCAGUCUCUGGCCAGCAAGCUGGAUGAUUUGAGCACCUGUAAUGAGCUGAUAGGAAAGCACGGUGCUGCCCUCCAGCGCUCGCUCAGUGAGCUUGAAGAACUGCGCGCAUCCACUGACAACACAGACAGAGUGAAAGCUGUUAAUGAGCGAGCCACCCUGUUCCGCAUCACCUCCAAUGCUAUGAUCAAUGCUUGCCGUGACUUUUUGGAUGUGGCAGAAUCUCACAGCCGGAGGUGGCAGAGGGCUCUUCACUAUGAGAGAGAACAGCGCCACCAUCUGGAGGAGACUAUUGAGCAGCUAGCCAAACAGCACAACAGCCUAGAGAGAGCCUGGAGGGAGAACCCCACCUCAUUCGCGGGUGUGGAGCGGUCUCAGGAGGGGGAUGCAAGUGAUGAAAAUGAUGAUGCAGAGUUUUUCGAUGCCAUGGAGGACUCCCCAGCAUUUAUAACUGUGACUGCUACUGGCACUAUACAGCACAAGCGCUCAGGAAGCAAUCAGAGUAUGAUGAGUGGAGGAGUGCCUAAUGACUGGACUCACAAUGAGAAUGACACCUCAGGCACCAAUCAAAUGCAGCUCCGGAGAACAAGACGUAGCCGUAUUCCCGACAAACCAAAUUACUCUCUCAACCUGUGGAGCAUAAUGAAGAACUGUAUUGGCAAAGACCUCUCUAAGAUCCCCAUGCCGGUCAACUUUAACGAGCCGCUGUCAAUGCUGCAGCGUCUGUCAGAGGAUCUGGAGUACAGUGAGCUGCUGGACCGGGCGGCUCGCUGUGACUCCACCCUGGAGCAGAUGUGCCUUGUAGCUGCCUUCUCUGUGUCCUCCUACUCCACCACAGUCCAUCGUACAGCCAAGCCCUUCAAUCCUCUGCUGGGGGAGACUUACGAGCUGGACCGACUGGAAGAGUACGGCUACCGCUCAAUCUCUGAGCAGGUCAGUCAUCACCCACCAGCUGCUGCCCACCAUGUGACCUCACAGCGGGGAUGGACUCUAUGGCAGCACAUAAUGAUCGAUAGCAAGUUUCGGGGGAAAUAUAUUUCUGUGGUGCCAUUAGGAAAUAUUCAUCUGCAGUUCCAUUCAAGCGGAAACCGCUAUGUGUGGAGUAAAGUAACAUCAACAGUACACAACAUUAUUGUAGGGAAGCUGUGGAUUGAUCAGUCUGGGGACAUUGACAUUGUAAACACCACCACAAAGGACACCUGUCGUCUCAAAUUCUCCCCGUACAGCUACUUCUCCAGAGAAGUCCCCCGCAAAGUGACGGGCGUAGUAGAGGACAGAGAGGGCACAGCCCACUACAUCCUGUCGGGAACCUGGGAUGACAAAAUGGAGAGUGCUAAAAUAGUGGAAAGUAGCCAAGGAUGUGGAGGCUCAGAGGGCAAACAGAAGACAGUUUAUCAGACUCUGCAGCCCAAACUGCUGUGGAAGAAAUACCCUCUACCAGAUAAUGCAGAGAACAUGCACUUUUUCUCCUCCCUGGCUCUGACCCUGAAUGAAACAGAGGAGGGUAUUGCACCCACUGACAGUCGUCUGCGGCCAGACCAGCGACUAAUGGAGGCGGGUUUGUGGGACGAAGCAAACAUCCAGAAGCAGAGAUUGGAGGAGCGUCAGAGACUGGAGAGAAAAAAACGGGAGGCACAAGCUAAUCAGGCUUUGGAUGAAGGACAAGACAUUGAGGGUUACCAGCCACUGUGGUUUGAGAAGAAAACAGAUGACAGUACAGGAGAAAGCACUUACAUCUACAGAGGAGGGUACUGGGAGGCCAAAGAAAGACAGGACUGGAGCCAGUGUCCUGAAAUCUUCUAGAACAUUUCCCUCAUACUGCGGCAUAAGAUAGAGUGAACGACCCCUCUUGAUGUAAGAACACUGUUUGACUGAGUUUAGAUGUGCAUGUUCCAGUGAGUGUGUGAGCUUCUCACUCCCAGACAUCUGAACACAAUGAGCCCAGCUUCCACAUUCUGAUAUACUCCCUUCUACUCUGUUAUAUCUUUGUUUCUGGAAUGCAUGGCUUCAGUUUGUGUUUACACUUCAACACAACAGAGCAAUUAUUUAUGGGAACAUUUCAGUUCCUGUAUUAUGGGAUGUUUGUGCGAUUGACACAUAGCUUCCAGAAACACUCCACACAUAGGAUCAUUUGGGAGCAUGGAAGGCUCUGGAUGAUGAGUACAAGCACUUAAUGUCUUGUAUUUCCCAAACUAGAACAGCAUUUUCGCUGCUGGACUCUGGGAGAGACACCGGGUUUGGAGAGAAUGAGACGAAGCCUUCAACUGUGCUUUAAGCAGAACUUCAUUUCUUCAUCCCUCCAGAUUCUGUGGUGUUUUUUACUACUCUUUUUCAAAAUGCACAAAAUGUGAUUCUGAAUGACUUUAAAGUUAUCUCUCGACUGGCCUCUGAAGAAGAGCUACUUGGACAUGAUAACCAAAGCAGGUGUCAAUGUCUUUGGAUGGACAACUGAGUGAGAACUCCAAGCUGCUUUCACGAUGAGCUUCUGUUUCAGUUGAAAGUGCACCACACCUAUUUAAAAGGUUUAUCUGAAGUAAUUACUAAAAGAAGGAACUACACCCUGAAAGAGCUCUUGUAUGUCUUUGCUGGCCCUAAAGGAACCUUUUUUAGUCCAUUAAAACAAGCAAUAUCACUCAUGUAAUCUCACCUUGGGCGAUAGAAAGACCUUGGUACAUACUGGGGAUUCUUAAAGGUUUAUCAGGAAUUGACAGCCCAGCCACAGCCACUGCGUGACUUCAGUAUGAGAAUUCAUGGAGAUGAAUUUUGAGCUUUACUCAGACACAGGACUAAAGUUCAAGAUAUUGCUGUUUAAGCUACAUCUGUUUGUCAUCACUUUUUUUAUCUCUGCCUGGCUCCAUCCAGUAAUAAUACAUUUAUACUUUCAGUGCUUCAGAUACCUCCUAAAGUUUGUGAAAGUGCAGUUGUAUAGGGUUCCUUUUUCCCUCAUCAGUCUACACAAAUUCAAAUAAAAAGCAAACAGAUUUUAUAAAUGUUAUGUUCAUUCAAAGAAUUAAAGACUGACAUCCAGAAACACUGAGGAUCUUUGACAGGACACUCAGCAUGGAGCUUUGGGGUGAUACUUCAACUUGACCACUCACUGCAUAAUUGAGUUCAUUGGCUGUAAUUAGGAAGGUUCACACCUUUCCGUUUUAAGGUUUUAUACCAGAUAGUAUUUGACAGAGUUGAUAAACUGCAUAAUCACGGAUGAGGGACCUCAGGAAGGCAGGUAACUUUAAAGCAAAUGCUACCUAUGAAUGAGGUUCUUUGCCCUUCUUUGGAGAUAGCAGACAGCCUUGCACAGCCACCUUGCAGCACUCCACUAAUUAGGCCUCUGUGUGUGGUGGCUGACCAAUAUCAUUUCACACCAUUAGGGGCAGGUAUCAUCCUAUUAUAAUUUUGUUGUGAGAGGGAAUGGGAGACUAGUCAGUAUAGAGGCAAAGAUGGAUGUCAAAAUGCAAACCUGGGUGAAAACAUUCUCAAGGGUUCUCAGGAUCUUGUGCUGGAAAUAAUGUUUACAUUUUCACAAGAUUACCAGCGAAUCAUUUCAAACUCAGGAGGGACAUAAUGAAAACCAUAGAAGAGGUCUGGUGACCCAGCUGGAGGUCCGAAUGCAGUCUAGCAUCUCUGGAAAAUCCCAAAAUGCAGCUGAGUACAGACGCUU